AUGUCAGUUCAAGAUGAGAAGCCUCGUGCAGCUCCUCGAAGGCUUCUGCAGGACCAGUCGCAAACUACACAAGAAAACACGAGUGCACUUUUUCUGAAUAUGAUUCGAGCACUAAUCACAAGUACGUCGGAGGACCAGCGCGAAUUGGACCGGCGACAUUUAGAGCAGGGAUUCGCAGACUCUUCAAAAGCCAUUGAUGCACUUGUUCGGGAACACGAGUAUGAUGUUAAAGUUUGUUUGGAGUCUUUCCGGACGGUAUCUUCAAAAAUAACUGCGUGUCGGGAACGAAUGCAUAGUUUAAAAAGCGGAUUGCUUUCUUGCCGUUCUUUGCUGCAGUGUCGUCGAGAUGACUUGAAGCGCUUGUGGAUGGAGAACGCACAACAGAAGCACGUCAGUCGAAUUUUGGAUCAGAUUGAUAAAGUAAAACGUUUGGAAGGGGAGGUGGAAGAAGCCAUUUCACAUGCUGAGUACUUAACUGCUGCGAAUUCUUUAAAGGAAGCGGAUCUUCUUUUAAAUGGUCCUUUUUCUAAUAUUGAUGGAUUAAAUAACUUGCGCAUUGACAUUCAUGAAGCCUCAAAGAAACUUGUGGAACAUAUAGUCGAUGACAUCGUUUCAUAUUUAAUUGUGCGUCCUUUCGAGUUUCGUUUGGUAGAGGUUAUAAAAUCUUUUCCUGAGAGUAAAGUGGCGGAAUCGAAAGAAUGCAUGGAUUUGCUUGAACGAAAUUCUGGUGUAAAUUUAAAACAGAGCGAAUUGCUGGAGGCGCAGGCUACUUCAUCACAUUUUGCUUUAUGUUUGAAUUCGCUGUCUGUGUUUGGCCAGUUGUCUCAGACUUUAUCACAAAUACGUCAGCUUAUUCCAAGUACACUGUCACGGCUUGUACAGACAACCGCUGCAAUUAUACGAGUUGCUUUUAAAGAAGAUGAAAGUGGUGAUGCUCGACAUCUCGCUCAGUUUAUUCAAUUGAUCCUUACCCAGCUGAAAAGCAGUUACGAGGUUCACUGUCUUUUGGACAAGGAGCUGGCGCAGCUGAAAAAUGUGGAUGCAUUUGAUAAUGGGAGCAGAAACAGCAAUAACGGUAUCGAUUUCCACUCUUUGUCGGUUUCGUCGAAUUAUUGGGAGAUUGCUCAGGAGGCAGUGCAGAAAAUUGUUUCUGAAUACGUCAAAGAGGUGGAUGCAUCUGUAGACGGAGUAGAGAAAUCUAGUAAUUCGGAAAAAAUUAGAUUUUCUGCGUCUGCCUGUACUACAUCUGGGAACUUUGGUGUCAAACAACAGCCCACAAUAUGUCCUCCUUCACCAUGGAACAUAACUGCGAUUUUUCCCUACUUGGAGAGAUUCUGCAGCGAGAGAGAAGCAGAGAGUGGACUUAGACAACCGUGUUCUCUCCGGAGAUUCUUGCAUUCCUUUGUCCUUGACGUCUUCGUCGAUAGGUUCCGUACCAAAUUGGAAAAGCUGGCUGAAAAUGCGCUGCAAGGCAGAGAUGCUUGUUACAACAUGUUUGGAAUUUGCGAAGAAAUUGGUAAGCUGAUUGUUACGAUGGAAACGUUCACUGACCGUUUAUCGUCGCUCUGGUUAUUAGUCAUUCAGGAUUUCCUCAAAAUUGCUUCUUCAAUUUAUGAAAUGAUAAUUCGCCCUUCUUAUGAAAAAGAGGAGAAACGAGAGCGGCGCAAGAUAAGUGCUGCUUGGGCGGUAGAUGAAGAUAUUUCUCGCUUACUUAAGAGUUUGCCUAAUUGGUGUUUGGCUGUGAGCAAUGAUGAAAAACCUUCUUCAACGACUCCUACAGCUAUUUUGACUGUUAUUGAAAGUGAAAGCGAAAUUCGUCAAAGGAAUGAACGAGAAUCUGAGCUUCUGAUUGGUAAUUUGGGAACCGCCAAACAGCUGGUGAAAGAAGAAUUAAUAACGGACAUGGAACUGAUUCAUUCAUUGGCUUGUAUGCAUGAAUCCUUGAAAUGGUUUUGUCAGAAUUUCCGUACUCUUAUUUCUUCUAUGUCUGAUUCUGCGUUAAAGAUAAUGCGUACUUGUAAGAUUCAGUAUCAGACGCACACCGAACCAGCUGAACACCGGGAGGAAAGCAUAUAUGAUGCAGUAGAAGGUCGACUGGUGGAACUCGACACAAUAGCAGAUACUUGUUUACUUAUUAUUCAUCUUGAAUUACGAGUCCAUUGUUUCUUUUAUUUGUUACCUCUAGCACGAGUGGUUAGCUUUGGUAGAGAUAUGAUGCAGUUCCACCAAUUACUAAAUGGGUACUUACCCGUGCAGAAGAUGAAAUAUUUAUUUGACGGUCUGGGACAUUUAUCAGCUUCCAUAUUUAUUCAUUCCAGUCAGCAUAUCCAAAAACUGAGUGAAAAUGGAAGGAAGCGCGUUUGUCGGAGCAUUUUUGCUGUGCAGCAGCGGUUAAGUCAGUUGACAGGAAGAAGGGAGAGUGAUCUUGAUAGAGCCCGGUCAUUUUAUGAACUGCUCAGUCACGACCCAGACGAACUUCUGGCUCUAAUAAUUGAACAAGGCGCUUCUUACAGUCAUUUGGAAUACACUUACCUACUGUCUCUUGCAAUAAGGUCUCACCCAUCGCUAAGUGCACAGCCGGGUGCUCUUGAACAAAGGAUUUCACAGCUAAAAACCAUCCUAUCUCAACUAAAAAAGCAGUGA